AUGCAAGAAUUCGAACUUCAACAAAUUUCAGAAGCUCUUAGAGCUGCUCGUAUAAGCCGAGAGCCCAUCGACCCGCCUGCCAAGACCUGGGGAAGCCUCGAUCCUGACAGCGCCUUUGAAGUCCAAAGAGUGACCGUCAAGAAUGCGGUCAGCAAGUACGGCGACCGUCUUGUGGGGUACAAGCUAGGAAACAUUGCGAAAGUCAUGCAAGAUGCAUUCGGACUCGAUCAGCCAGACUACGGUUUUCUUCUUGGGAGUACAUUCAUCUACGAAGGCACUACAUUACCGCGGAAGGAUUACAUCAAGCCAUUUGUUGAGCUCGAACCAGCUUUUGUGCUGAAGGGUCAUCUAAAGGGACCGAACGUUAUCGUGGCCGAUGUCAUCAACGCCAUAGACUACGCCAUACCCGCCAUCGAAAUCAUUGACUCAAGGGUGAAAAAUUGGGCCAUAGGCUUGGCGGAUACUCUAGCAGACAAUGGCUCUACCGGAGCUGUGAUUCUCGGUGGCACCCCUCGGCGGCUUACUGACCUCACCCUGAGCAACACUCGAGGAGUUCUUCGUUUCAAUGACCGAGAGGUUAUGGCUGGCAACACCCGGAACGUACUUGGUAACCCGAUCUCAGCUGUUGCCUGGCUAGUCAACAAGCUUUCUAAGUAUGAUGUCGAGUUCAGCCCAGGCCAAGUCAUCUUGCCUGGUAGUUGUCUACAAGCAGUUCCGAUGGAGGAGCCGGGUCAUUGGUCUUGCACCUUCGAAGGCUGGGGUACUAUUGAGUUUGACGUAGUUUGA